GUCAUGAUUUUUAAAAGAAGCCCCACCAUGCGAUCAAUACUAGCCAUAAAUUAUCGUUAAACAAUAUCAUAUCCUUUAUUCCUGGAGAAUUGAAAUGGAAGAACACAACCACCACCAGCCUCUCUUACCACCAACCUCCGACCACCACCAAGAACAACAACAAGAAGAAGUUUCAAUAAUCAAACUAACAUGGGUAGAAUCAAACAAGAUUUGGAAAAUCGCAGGUCCUUCCAUCUUCUCUCGUCUUUCUUUAUACUCCCUUGCUGUCAUUACACAAUCAUUCGCCGGCCACCUUAGCGACACCGACCUCGCCGCCAUCUCCAUCGCCACUACCGUCAUCACCUCUAUCACAUUCGGCUUUUUGCUUGGAAUGGCAAGCGCACUAGAAACUCUUUGCGGCCAAGCUUACGGUGCAAAACAAUAUCAUAUGUUGGGAAUUUACUUGCAACGGUCUUGGGUUGUUUUACUCAUAGGUUCAAUAUUAUUGCUACCCCUCUUCAUAUUCGCGACUCCGAUACUUAAACUAACGGGACAACCAGAGGAGGUGGCCGAGUUGGCAGGAAAAGUGGCGAUGUGGCUGAUUCCGAUGCAUAUGAGCUUUGUUUUUCAAUUUUCUUUAGUGAGAUUCUUGCAGUGUCAGCUGAAGACGGCGGUUAUUGGUUGGGUGUCUGGUUUAGCUCUCGUACUUCACCUUGUUGUGAACUGUUUUUUUGUGUACAAGUACGAGUUUGGUGUUGUGGGGGCUGCGAUCAUGCUUGAUGUGUCUUGGUGGGUGUCUGUUUUGGGGCUUUUUGUGUACGCCGUGUUUGGUGGGUGUCGCGAAUCUUGGAAUGGUUUGUCUAUGCAAGCGUUUUCAGGGUUAUGGGAGUUCUUUAAACUCUCCGCGGCUUCGAGUGUUAUGCUUGCGCUGGAGAGUUUUUACUAUCGGGUAUUGGUGAUAGUAGCUGGAAGCUUGGGGAACACCGAGAUCGACAUAGAUGCGCUUUCGAUAUGCAUCACUUCUUAUGGUUGGGAGAUCAUGAUUCCAUACGGAUUCUUGGCCGCAACUGGUGUUCGUGUCGCAAACGAGCUUGGAGCAGGCAAUGCAAAAGGCGCGAUAUUUGCCACCAAAAUAUCUUUACUAAUAUCUAUCCUUAUCGGCCUGUUUUUUUGUGCAAUAAUCGUUGCAUUUCCCGACAAACUAGCAAUGAUCUUUACAUCAAACACCACUGUGAUUAGCAUGGUAAAUGAGCUUUCGGUGUUGUUAUCACUCACAGUUCUUUUUAGUUGCAUUCAACCAGUUUUUACAGGAGUAGCACUUGGCUGUGGUUGGCAGUCUCAGGUUGCCAUAGUUAAUCUUGGAAGUUAUUAUGCUAUUGGAGUUCCACUUGGUGUGGUACUAGAAAGGUUUCUUGGUUUUGGCAUUAAGGGUCUUUGGGCCGGAAUGUUGGGUGGGACGGUAGUCCAGACGUUGAUACUAGCAAUAAUAACUAUCAGAUGCGACUGGAAUAAACAGGCGAAAGAAGCGUACUCCCGUGUUGUAAAUCGAGCAAUAUCAAGUUAAAGUUCGUGUACAGCAUUUGAGAAUAUGAUACGAGCUAAACAACAUUAGGCUUGAUUUCAUGUGGCUUGUGGUUUUCUUCUUUUGUUUGACCAAUGUGAGAAAAUUAGUUAACGAUUUAAACAAAAAAAAACUUAUGUAAUUAUGGUUGUUCAAAGACUAUUCUUGAUUUUUUGUAUUCAAGUUUCAUAUAAUUUCAAUGAAAGCAAGACAAUAUAUUACAAGACAUCAUACAUA